UCCCCCUACUAGUCUGUCUGAUGGAAAUGUUGCUUUUCAGUGCCUGGGACCUGAUGGCUUUCUUGGCCCUGCUCAGCUCUACAGUAGCAGGAGAAGAGCUAUUUGAUGUGACAGUGUGGCCAGAGUGGCCCUUGGUUGAGGCUGGCCAGGCCCUGUGGAUCAACUGUAGCACCAAUUGCACACACCCUGAAAAAGGAGGCAUUGAGACCCGUAACAUAAACAAGACCAUGUGGAAAGAAGGGACUCACUGGAAGGCCUUUUACUUAUCAAAUAUCUCCCAGGAUUCCCACAUCAUUUGUUACUUCACCUGCUCUGGCACUCAAAAGAAGAAGUCUGCCAAUGUCACCGUGUACCGGCCACCAGAGCAGGUGAUAUUGAACCUGCAGCCUGCUUGGGCGAUUGUGGGUAAGAAUUUCACCCUGACAUGCCAUGUGCCUAACGUGGGCCCACUGGAAUACCUCACACUCACUUUGCUCCAGGGCACCGAGACGCUACACCGCCAGACCUUUACGACUGUGUCUAAGGUUCUGCAAGAUGCCUGGCUUACUUUCAACGUCAUUGCUCGAAAGGAAGAUGACAAGAGUAACUUCUCUUGCUACGCAGAGCUGGAUCUCAGGCCGUAUAGUGAGCAAUUCUUCAAUGCCAGUUCAGCCCGCAAGAUGCUGGAGAUAUUUGAACCCUCCUGGAACAACCAGAUGCUCAUCAUCAUCAUCAUCACAACUCUGCUGCUGCUGGUAUUUGUGAUCUCAGUCUGCCUUUGUUUUGCUUAUGGGCAACACUGGCGUCAUCAGCGAACUGGGGGAUAUGGGGUACUUGCUGCCUGGAGGAUCCACAGAAACAGAUGUGUAUGACCCAGAGUGACUACAAGGACCAGAGGCUUGAAGGAUGCCUUGUUGUCACAGGUCAUCUAUAACCUCUAUGUAGUUUAACGAAUGGUGAGAAGCAAAAAGAUGUAUGUGUGUGUGUGUGUG